CGAGCGAGGCGGACAUGAGUUCAGCAUGUUAGGAUGCAUACCUGGCCUAGACGGCGUAAUAGAAGUUAUCACAUUCGGCUGUUUCGGCGGAUAAAUAUCGGAGCGGGGAAAUAAUCCCCCGACACGCGUAUCAACUUAUCCAGCAAGGGUGAUUUCUGGAAGCCGAAAAGCUCACCACGAGUACGCGAUUACGGAUUGACAGCAACGCGGGACGGAAUUGUAUUUUACGACGGAUAUAGGAAGAAGGGGAUUUACAAGGCGAUCUUGUUUCGGUUCACUGGAGCGUAUAUCCGACACCACCGUAGCGCGAACACGCGCGCCUCACCAACCACCAACCCGCCAAACACUCCCACACCACAACACACACCUACCGCACACCUCCCAAAUGCCCAUCCUCGAACUCCACGUCCCCCCCUCACCCCCCCUUCCCACCCUCCCGACCCUCGACCCCGAAUCCCUCGCCCUAACCGCCUACUUCUCCCUCGCCAUCCCGCGCGGCGAAUGGGUGCUCAUCCCCUCUCUCCCCGGCGCGAACCCGACGGGCGUGCUGCCUGCGCUGAGAUGGGGGGGGGUGUGGGUGGGGGGGUGGGGGAAUGUGGUUGAUUUUGUUGGGAAGAUGGGGGGGGAGGUGUGGGCGCUGGGGGGGAUGGAGAUGGGGAUGGGGAGGGGAAUGGGGGGAAUGGGGGGAAUGGGGGGAAUGGGGGGAAUGGGGGGAAGGGGGGGAGAGGGGAUGUUAUUGCGUGACUUCUCAAACUUCAUCCGCUCCAAAGGCCGCGCCCUCCUCGACCUCUCCCUCUUCGCUGACCCCUCCAACUACAACACCCUCACCCGCCCCUCCCUCGCCUCCACCCUCCCCUUCCCCCUCUCCUGGCUCGAACCCCGCCGUCUCCGCGAAGCAGCCCUAGCGCGCACCGCGCACCUAGGCAUCAAACUCGACGCCGACGAUAAGGAUGAUGCAUCCCCCUCGACCCAGGUCCAGGGCGAGGACGUCAUCCCUGUGAGUCUUCGCAAGGGUAAUACAGGUGCGACGGCAGCGAGUAUAGCUGCUGAGGGCGCGGCGACGAUUAGGCUAUCUGCGCUGGCGGAUGAGUUUCUGGAACCGCUUGUGGAGAUAAGGGGGGAGGGGAGCUGGUUUGUCGGCGGGCGCGCGACGGAGGUGGAUUGUCUCGCCCUGGGGUACUUGGCUGUUAUGCUUGUGGAUGGGCUGCCGAGGCCAUGGUUGGCGGAGAAGGUGAAGUCCGUGAAGGGGCUGAAGGAGUGGGUUGCUGAGGUGAGGGGGGUGGCGUUCGAGGAGCUGCCAUGGGGAGUGGGGGAGGGUGGAGUUGGGGUCCUCGGACGGGCUGUUGGGGGAUGGGUGAGAGGCGCGCUUGGGUUGGGAGGAGCAGCGAGGGAGGAGGAGAGGAAGGAAGAAGAAUUCCUAUCGGAGAGCGAGAAGGGUCUUGUGGCGUACAGGGCGCAGGUUAGGAGGAAUGAGAUGUGGGUUACGACUGGCAGCGUGGUGGUGGCUGUGAGCUUGUUCGUGGGGUUCUUGUUCCAGCAGGGCACCCUGGCGGCGGUUGUGCAGGGGGCGCAGAGGCGCGCGCGUGCGAGGGCCGAGGGAGAGGAGGAGGAGGGGAGGCUUGCGGUUGCCUCGCCGUGGCAGGCGGCCGAGCCGGGCGUGGCGGAGUUGGCGGCGAAGAUGAAUUUUUAG